AUGUUGUUGAUAGCCUUCUAUCUUAUAUUAUCUACAUUUGCAGUAGAUUGCAAGAAUAGUGGAAAUAGUUGUGAAGCUGGCCAAUGUGAUACGAUUGGCGAUACUGAAAUCUGUAUGCAAUGUAAUCAAGGGAAAGUACCCAUCAAUGGAAUAUGUACAGCCCAUAGUGAAGAAGCAGUCACUAACGCUGGUUGUAAGAAGAACGGGGGUACUAAUAUAGAAGAAAGUGAUAAGGUAUGUGGACAAUGUGGAAAUGGCUACUUCCUGCACAAAGGCGGAUGCUAUAAGAUAGGAGAGGCUCCUGGCAAUCUCAUCUGUGCGGAUGAGGCGUCAAAUCCUGGUGCACGUACUGCAGGGGUGUGUGGUGCUUGCAAGGAUGGCUAUUAUAAGAAUUCGGAUGCUGUUGCAACUGCAGACUCCUGUAUAGCAUGUGAAGAUGCCAACUGUGCCACAUGUGGAGGAGCUGGUGAAAACAAAUGUACAAAAUGUAUAGACGGAUACUUUGUUGGAGCAACUGGAAAUGAAGGUGGGUGCAUAAAAUGUGACGCUACCACAGGGCCUAAUAGCUACAAAGGAGUUGCUGGAUGUGCUAAAUGUGAAAAGCCAAAGAACGCUGGUCCUGCAAAGUGCAUUGAAUGUGCUGCUGAUUAUUUGAAAACAGAAGCAGAUGAACAAACGUCUUGCGUUAGCGAAGCCGUGUGCAGAGAAGGCAAGACGCACUUCCCCACUACUGACAGCGCUGGUGGUAACAAGAAGGUAUGCGUAAGUUGUGGCACAACGAAUAAUGGCGGCAUAGAAAACUGUGGAGAAUGCACCUCUAAGGAAAGCGCUGCACGGGCAGGGACAGAGAUCACCUGCACCAAAUGCUCUAGCAAUAAUCUGAGCCCCCUGGGAGACGCGUGUCUAACAGACUGCCCUGCCGGAACGUAUGCCGUUAGUGGCGACAGCGGCAGUGUCUGCAAGCCCUGUCACAACACGUGCGCCGGCUGCCAGACCGACGACAGGGAGACUUCCUGCACGGCCUGCUACCCUGGAUACUCCCUUCUGUAUGAGUCCAACGGAGCAACUGGGAGGUGCGUCAAGGAGUGCACUGGUGCGUUCAUUACCAACUGUGCGGACGGGCAGUGCACGGCUAACGUCGGGGGUGCGAAGUACUGCACCCAGUGCAAGGACGGGUACGCCCCGAUCGACGGGAUCUGUACAGCGGUGGCAGCUGCCGGGAGAGACGUGAGCGUGUGCACGGCCACAGGUGGCAAGUGCACGGCAUGUACAGGCAACUAUGCGUUAUUAUCAGGUGGAUGUUAUAACACACAAACACUUCCUGGAAAGUCAGUAUGUAAAGCCGUGGCUAAUAGCAAUGACGGGAAAUGCAAAACAUGUGCCAAUGGUCAAGCACCAGAUCCUGCUACUAAUUUCUGCCCAUUGUGUGAUUCAACUUGUGCAGAAUGUUCAACUAAAAAUGAUGCUGAUGCUUGUACAAAAUGUUUUCCAGGAUACUAUAAAACAGGAAAUAAGUGUAUCAAAUGUACAGAAAGUAGUAAUAACGGAAAAAAGAUCGAUGGAAUACCUGAUUGUUUAAGUUGUGAAGCACCGAUUAAUACUGGUCCUGUCAUCUGCUACGUUAAAACGGAUGGCACUAGCGAUGAUAACAGCGGCAAUGGUGGAGACAGCACCAACAAGAGCGGCCUUUCCACUGGCGCCAUCGCGGGGAUCUCCGUCGCAGCCUUCGUCGUCGUGGCCGGCCUCGUGGGCUUCCUCUGCUGGUGGUUCAUAUGCAGGGGGAAGGCGUAG